AUGGGCAAGCAGGGUAAAUGCAGCCACGACGCCGAGGCGUGCUACCCUCCGGGGCCCGCCGGCGGCGGCGCGAUGUAUCCGUACAUGAUCGAGAGCCCGCAGCUGCGGUGGGCCUUCAUCCGCAAGGUGUACGUCAUCGUGUCGCUGCAGCUGCUGCUGACGGUGGCCGUCGCCGCGGCGGUCAACCUCGUGGGCCCCAUCAGGGUCUUCUUCCGCGCCCGCACCCCGGCCGCGAUCGCCGCCUUCGUCCUCAUCAUCCUCUCCCCCCUCAUCGUGAUGAUCCCGAUGAUAUAUUGGCGGAAGCGGCACCCGAUCAAUCUCGUGCUCCUCGCGCUCUUCACCGUCUGCGUCAGCUUCGCCGUCGGGCUCGGCUGCCUAUCCGCCAAAGGGAUCGUGAUCCUGGAGGCGGCGGGGAUAACGAUGGUGGUGGUGGUCGGGCUGACCCUCUACACGUUCUGGGCAGCCAAGAGAGGCUACGACUUCGAGUUCCUCGGCCCCUUCCUCGUCGCCGCGUGCCUCGUCCUCCUGCUCUACUCGCUCGUCCAGAUUCUGUUCCCGAUGGGCAGGACGAUGACACUGGUGUACGGCUGCGUCGCCGCGCUGGUGUUCUCAGGCUUCAUCAUCUACGACACCGACAACCUCAUCAAGCGCUACACCUACGACGAGUACGUCGCCGCGGCCAUCGAGCUCUACCUCGACAUCAUCAACCUCUUCCAGGCGAUCCUCGCCAUUCUUGAAGCUGCCGAUGGAUAAGAGGAUCAGCCUGUUCUGCCAAUUUGUGAGCACACCAGAUCAUAUGUAACGUACCAAGAUGGGUUGCAAACUUGCAAGACAAUUUGUACCGUAUAGAUAGGGUCGAACAGAACCGCCGUGAUUGGACAUUUACAAGGAAAUAUUGCCAAUCCAAUUCAUUACUCUACAUCACAG